AGCUCGUCAGUCGUCGAUCGACGAAGUACGAACGACGAUCAGUGUGUGCGCGAGAGUGCGGCGAUACGCACGUUAACGCCGCCCAGCUCCUUUGUGACGUAUUUAAUUCCAUUGUGCUAAAAUGAAAGUGGAUAAGGACUCCCUCGCCGGUCCCGUGGACUCAAUGCCCAUUCUGUCGGACAGGAAAGGCAGCCUGAAGGUGACGAUCACCCCGGCGCAGCCGAAGACCCUGACACAUCUGCCGAAACGACCCCCAGUUGACUUGGCUUUCACGGACCUCACAUACAAGGUGCAGGAGGGAAGAAAAAGCAAUGUAAAGACGAUCCUCAAAUCGGUGUCCGGCCGACUCCGGUCCGGCGAGCUAACGGCCAUCAUGGGCCCGUCCGGCGCCGGAAAAUCCACACUGCUCAACAUAUUGACUGGUUACAAAACAUCAGGCAUGGAGGGCAGCAUCACAGUGAACGGCAUGGAGCGCAACCUGUCCAGCUUCCGCAAGCUCUCCUGCUACAUCAUGCAAGAUAAUCAGCUGCAUGGGAACCUCACAGUGGAGGAGGCUAUGAAGGUGGCCACUUCGCUGAAGCUGCCCAGUGCUACGACUCGGGAGGAUAAGGAAGAAGUGAUCCAAGAGAUCCUCGAAACGCUCGGUCUCUCCGAACACUUGAAAACUAUGACGUCAAACCUCUCUGGAGGUCAAAAGAAACGGCUUUCCAUAGCCCUGGAGCUGGUGAACAAUCCUCCCAUCAUGUUCUUCGAUGAGCCCACGUCUGGGCUGGACAGUUCCUCCUGUUUUCAGUGUAUUUCCUUAUUGAAGACCCUGGCAAGAGGGGGCAGGACCAUAAUAUGCACGAUACACCAGCCUUCCGCGAGGCUGUUCGAAAUGUUCGACCACCUGUACACGCUGGCUGAUGGUCAGUGCGUUUAUCAAGGCAGUACGGGAAGACUAGUGGAAUGGCUCGGCAGCCUCAGCCUGCAGUGCCCAUCGUACCACAACCCGGCGUCGUUCAUCAUCGAAGUAUCGUGUGGAGAGUACGGGGACAACACUAGCAAGCUGGUGCGCGCUAUCGACAACGGGAAGAACGAUAUCAGAACCGGCAUGCCGUUCCCCAAAAUGGCGAACUACAACAACUCAAAAGACAUGGAGUAUUCGCUCAAAACGAAUAGGGAAUGGAACAAAAACGACGCGUCCCAAAUACACGAGAAGUUCGCUGAUGUGCCCAACGGGGCCAAUGGGGCAAACGGGGCAAAUGGGGCAAGUAACCUGCAGAAUGGACUGCUGCAGUUCGCGGCUAAUGAAAUUGCUAAGGGCAAAGCUGAACCUCUAGUAGUACAAAUGGACUCGGAAAAACAGGACAACGCGGAAGUAGCUCUUCUAGGCACGGAGGGAUCCCCUCGACGAUACGCCACGUCUGAGUUCAAGCAGUUUUGGGUGGUGCUGAAACGGACAUUGCUGUUCAGUAGACGUGAUUGGACGCUCAUGUACCUACGUCUUUUCGCUCAUAUCUUGGUCGGUUUUCUAAUCGGCGCGCUAUACUACGACAUCGGCAACGACGGCUCCAAAGUGCUAUCCAACCUCGGCUUCCUGUUCUUCAACAUGCUCUUCCUUAUGUACACCUCUAUGACGAUCACUAUAUUGAGCUUCCCGCUGGAAAUGCCGGUGCUUAUAAAAGAGCACUUUAAUCGAUGGUAUUCCCUGCGGUCUUACUACUUGGCCAUCACCGUUUCUGAUCUACCGUUCCAGGCGAUAUUCUGCAUAAUCUACGUGGUGAUAGUGUACCUGCUGACGUCCCAGCCGCUGGAAUGGUUCCGCUUCUCCAUGUUCCUGUCGUCGUGUCUGCUCAUCUCCUUCGUGGCGCAGAGCGUCGGCCUCGUGGUGGGCGCCGCUAUGAAUGUGCAGAACGGCGUGUUCCUAGCGCCCGUGAUGUCCGUGCCGUUCCUCUUGUUCAGCGGUUUCUUCGUGUCGUUCAACGCGAUCCCGGUAUACUUGCGGUGGAUCACGUAUAUAUCGUACAUUCGCUACGGGUUCGAAGGCACGGCGCUCGCUACCUACUCGUUCAAUAGGACCAAUUUGGCGUGCCACCAGAGUUACUGCCACUUCAAGAAGCCCGAGAUCACACUAGAGGAGCUAGACAUGACUGACGCUGACUUCACGCUGGACAUCGCCGCACUAUGCCUUAUAUUCCUGCUCCUGCGUAUAUCUGCGUUCCUCUUCCUCCGCUGGAAACUCAGGUCCACUAGAUAGAGAUAGAUAUACUGGCCUAGUGUAGAAUUAUAGUAGCGGGAUAGACGUGAAGUUAGCUGUAUAUUGAUUGUAGAUAGUAUAUUGAGUGGAUUAGCAGUCCGUAUAGUGACGUUUUGUAAAGUUUGACGUGUGUUUUGGCACUAAGUGUUAGUGUCAAAGUGCGCAAAAAGAAAUUUAUGUGUUGUAUGACUUUUGAUGUUUAGUGUCAAAAUUGUAUGACAAAAGUGUAAAAACGUGCGUCAAUACAAACAUAAUAACAAGCGCUCAAAAAAAAAAAUAACUAUUGUUAAGGUUGUUUUUCAACUCUUAUGGCGUGCUAAAUAUUGACGUAUACGAUAAAUAUACAAAAAUAAAAAAUAUAUUGAACUUUACAAAUAUUGUAGGCGUAAAGUGUCGCCAAAGUGACCAAGUUCAGUUGGCGAUAGUUAUUAUUGUGAUAAAAAUGGAUUCCAAUGUGAUCAAGAGAACAAUGUUAGUUAUUUCUUUGGAUUGUAACGUAAUAAUAAUUAUAUAAGUAAUAUUGUAUUUUAACAAGUAAUCUUCGGUGUUAUGCUCAAUGUAUUUUUUUUGCAUUUUAUGAAAACUAUUUUUUUUGUUUGGUAAAGCAGUUUCGAAUCAUGACAAUAUUUUUUACAAUAAAGUGCCUUAUUUAUAUGACGUAACUGUAAUGGUGGCUAAAAUUUAUUCUAAGUGUUUUUUUUUAUUUGCUUAGUGGCCUUUGUCGUUGAAACACGAAUUUAUUAUGGUAAAUUUAUUAUAAAGAUUACUUUAUUAGUUUCAAGUGAAAGCGAGAUAAAAUAUAUUUAUUAAGAUCUGAAGGUCACGAUUUAUGAGCUAAUUCCAAAAACGUUCGCUACGUAUUUUGCGUAGAUAAAUAUUAUGUAGAAAGUUGAGAAAUGGUUAUUCUAACUUAUGACAAUUAUAACGUUAUUUUAAAUUUUAAUUUAUCACACUUGGUUUUGACCGUUUGAAAUAUUUAUAUCUGACUGUCAUAUACCAACCCUUGCUAAUAAAGAUUUGAAAUUUCUAUACAUAUCUUUUAAAUGAUCUUUUAUAAUAUCUAUUUUAAAAAUAUUUGUACAAAAUUUAAAGUUUCUAUACAAUCAGACAGGAAGUGUAUUUCUGCUUAAUUAUUUAUUUAUUUUAUUUAUUCUAUAUAAAAAGGUCUUAUGAAUUAAAAAUAAGAGUUUAUAUACAUUUAAAUAAUAUUACAAACGGUUCAAACGUGUAUCUAAUUGCUCAUUAUUCAUAUAUCUUGCCUCCAACUUGCCUCUGGUAGCGUACCAACGUAGCCAACGGGCGGUCACGUGUGAUGGUUAUGCGAUUUUUUUGAAAUGCGGGUAGUUUGAAAUUUUUGAAAUUUUAUCAAAAUAAUUGUGAUUUUACUCCGAAUUCUUGAAGUAUACGUAACUUGACAAGUUUUUUACACUCCGAUUUCUAUAACAACUGUUUAAUACUCGAUCGUUUUAUAAUAUCAUCGAUUAUUCUGAUGAAAUGAAUUGACGACUUUUUAGACUUAUUGGACUAUAGUUUAAGUGUACAAUACUUAACAAGGGUUUAAGUGAAACAGUUGUUUAACAUAAACAUCGUUUAGAAAUCGGAUUUAAGAUUUACAAUUUCGAUUUAAGAAUUAGCUUUGAGAAUUGAACUAAGUGUCUGUGUCAAAAAUUUAAUGUUGUUCAAAUAUAUGUGAUGUUGUAUAAAGGAAAUUUUAUAAAAUAUAAAGCAUUUUAUAACUUGAUGGUUUUAUUAAGUAAUAUAACAUAACCAUUUGCAUGGGGGGUAAAUAAGUAUAAGUAUAAAACUUAAUUAGGGAUCACGGUUAUAUUUAAAGUGUACUUAGUUAAGUAAAUGUGUAGAUUAUGGUCCAAUAAUGUUAUGGUUAAAGUAUGUAUGUUAUUUUAUCUAUUUUUUUAAUAAAUGGUUAUUAUAAA